AUUUUAAUGAUGAAAUUAAUGUUAUAAGAGGUAAGUUUUGCAAUCGUGGAUAAUUUAACAUCCCAAAAAAGAGCAAAAAUCUAUUCCCUCCACAUCAUCAUCUUCUUCCACCUUUCACUCACUCCACAAUUGAAGCAUGAACACUUUCCUUCUUUCUCCUCCACUCCCCACCCGCUUCCCUCCACCCCAUCUCCACAACCACCACUCCUUCCUCUGUUCUCCACCUCUCCUCCGCCGCACCCUCUCUCUUCCACCACCCUUCCCCACCACCUUCUCCGGCACCCUCUCCGACCACCUCACCACCGACUUCCACAACGACGACGUUGACAUCCCCCCCACCUCUCGCAACCGCUACGACUUCUCCCCUCUCAUCAACUACCUCUCCACCCCAUCUCCCCCUUCCGAAACUCCCACCAACUCACCUCCCAACUCACUCGACUCAACCGAGUUCCAACUCGCCGAGUCAUACCGCGCUGUUCCCACUCACUACUGGCACUCCCUCCUCAAAUCCCUCGCUUCUUCUCCCACUACCAUCUCCACCGCUUACGCUGUCGUCACCUGGUUGCAGAAACACAAUCUCUGUUUUUCAUAUGAGCUGCUUUACUCCAUCUUAAUCCACGCUUUGGGGAAGUCGGAGAAGCUCUACGAAGCGUUUCUCCUUUCGCAGCGCCAGAAAUUGACCCCGAUAACUUAUAAUGCAUUGAUUGGAGCUUGCGCUCGAAAUGAUGAUCUUGAGAAAGCCCUAAAUCUGAUGUCGAGGAUGCGGCAAGAUGGGUAUCCUCCUGAUUUUGUGAAUUAUAGCUUGAUUGUGCAGUCGAUUGCGAGGACGAAUAAUAAUAAUCAUGGGGAUUCGUCGGUUUUGGUUAGAUUGUAUGAGGAGAUGAGGUGUGAUAGUGUUGAGCUUGAUGCUCAGCUUUUGAAUGAUUUGGUUGUUGGGUUUGCCAAGUCUGGGGAUGUUGAUAGGGCGUUGUGGUUUUUGGGUGUGGUUCAGGGGAAUGGGUUGAGUGCCAAGACUGCUACGCUUAUAUCGGUGAUUUCGGCGUUGGGGAAUUCCGGGAGGGCCGAGGAGGCCGAGGCCGUGUUCGAGGAGCUUAAGGAAGGUGGGUUGAGGCCUAGGACGAGAGCUUAUAACGCGGUUUUGAGGGGGUAUGUGAAGGCUGGUAUGUUGAGGGAUGCUGAAUCCAUUGUUUCGGAGAUGGAAAGGAUUGGGGUUUUGCCUGAUGAACAUACUUAUAGCUUGUUGAUUGAUGCUUAUGCGAAUGCCGGGAGGUGGGAGAGUGCUAGGAUUGUGUUGAAAGAAAUGGAAGCUAGUAAUGUAGGGCCUAAUUCGUUCGUGUUUAGUAGGAUUCUAGCUAGUUAUCGCGAUAGAGGGGACUGGCAAAAGUCGUUUCAAGUAUUGAGGGAGAUGAGGAAUUGUGGGGUGAAGCCUGAUAGGUUAUUUUAUAAUGUGAUGAUUGAUGCUUUAGGGAAGUAUAAUUGUAUGGAUCAUGCUAUGGAUACCUUUGAGAAGAUGAAAUUGGAGGGGAUCGAGCCAGACAAUUGUACUUGGAAUACAUUGAUCGAUAGCCAUUGUAAGUGUGGGCGAUAUGAUAAGGCAGAGGAGUUGUUCAAAGAGAUGCAAGAAAGUGGGCGCACGCCUUGUAUAACUACGUAUAAUAUUAUGAUCCACUGUUAUGGUGUGCAGGAGAAAUGGGAAGAGGUUAAGACUUUAAUGGGAAAGAUGCAGGGUCAAGGAUUAUUGGCUAAUGUCGUGACAUAUACCACUCUGGUUGAUAUAUACGGGCAAUCAGGAAGAUUUAAGGAGGCUCUUGAAUGCCUAGAGGUUAUGAAAGCGAAUGGAUUGAAACCUUCGGAGACCAUGUACAAUGCCUUGAUCAAUGCCUAUGCUCAAAGGGGUUUAUCAGACCAAGCAAUUAAUGCAUUUAGGCUCAUGCGAUCAGAUGGCCUCAAGCCUAGUAUUUUAGCUCUCAAUGCAUUGAUCAAUGCAUUCGGGGAGGACAGAAGGGACACUGAAGCAUUUUCUGUCUUACAGUAUAUGAAAGAAAAUGACUUGAAACCUGAUGUAGUUACAUAUACAACCCUUAUGAAAGCAUUAAUCCGUGUUGAAAAGUUUGAUAAGGUUCCUUCUGUCUAUGAAGAAAUGAUAUUGUCUGGCUGUAACCCAGAUAGGAAGGCUAGAUCAAUGUUAAGAUCUGCGCUGAAGUACAUGAAGCGGAUGCUGAGAUGAUAAUUAUUGCAAAUCAAUCUUCCAGCAAAACCUGAUGAUAUGUGACAAAGUUGAACAUAUCUGUUGUUUUUGAUGGGUGCAGGUCGUAAAGAUCUGUGAUCGUGUACAUUCAUUUGUAAACUUAUCCCUGUUGCCUGAAGUUACUGUGAUUCACCAUAGUUGCAGAAAUCAGAAGUUCAUAACAGACCUAGUUAGAAUUUAGGACACCUUUAUUGUAAAAUAGUUUGUAAUGUGUACAUGCUUCAAGCUUCAAUUACCUUUUUUUUUUUUUUUUUUUUUUUUUUUUUUUUUUUUUUUUUGUUUUUUUUUUGGACAAAAGCUUCAAUUACUUGAAUAACAGCAUCACAUUGACUUAUUCUUUUGUACACCUGAUAACAAAUAUGUUCCAUGAUGUAAUCUUAUAGUUCGAUUUAUGCCUCUUGCCUUAAUCUAUCUCAGAUUCUAUUACAGUAUAUGUUUAUAACCAAUAAACUCCUGUAACUUUGCUUAUGUCGACUAGUCAGAGAGACUAGAAUAAUUUAAGUUAUACUUCCUUUGGUUUCACUUCCAACAGUUUGACUUUUGCCUAUUCUCUCAUGCUAUAUUU